UAACUCACUUGCCCGGCAAGCGGAGAGAGAUUACAGCAGCAACAACAGUAGGCUUUUGCCUUCGCCUCCAGUCGCGGAGGGCUUAAAGCAAAGCAAAUAUUUAACGUUGGGAAUCACACACAUAAAUAUGGGCAAAACCAUACUGGACGGGGAUAAGUUGUCGCAGGCUGCCGUACGGGGAGACUGGCAAGAGGUGAAGCGUCUGCUGACCGAUGAAAAGGUGAACGCCAACGCGGUGAAUAAAUUCGGACAAACCGCACUGCAGGUGAUGAUGCUGGGCAGUACAAUGGUUGCAGAGGAACUGUUGAAGAACGGGGCACAGCCAAAUGUCCAGGAUAGAUGGGGCUUUACUCCGGCACACGAUGUGGCCCGGAGUGGUUUCUUGGAUACCAUGAAGGUCCUGAUAAAAUACAAGGCAAACGUGAACAUCAAGGAUGCUGCAUGGUGCCUGCCAAUACACAUGGCUGCCCAAGAGGGCUACUUGGACCUUGUCCAAUACCUGACUCCAAGAUCAAGCAUUUUGCAGAAGAACAUCAGUGGGCAAACACCACUGGAUCUAGCAAGGGCCUCCAAUAGAACUGAAGUAGUUGCCUGGUUAGAGCAACAGUUGCAAGCUAUGCAGACACAAACUCAACACUGAUUCAGAGCCUAUUAAGAAAUGCUGACGUUGCUUAUACCUUACCUCUCUCACUGUGUGGUCUUGACUAUGCUGUGAAUCCUUCCUUUCCACCAUAUUGGACUCCUACUUUGCACUGCUAAUUGUGGACCCAUUGUAUAUGUUCCUUGGUUAUUGUUGUUAAUUUGAAUCACCUCCCUUCUCCUCCCCCCUCCCCCCACAAAUAAGAUUUUGAGCCAUUGUGGCAACUCCUCCAGAAACAUGUGCUGGCCAUCUUGCAAAAAAGGUUGGCAAAAAAUACCUUCAAGAUAAUGCCACUCAUUUACUGUUUACAUCUCCCAACCAUUGAACAUUUUAAAAAGAGGUGCGUGGAAUCAGACAGUAUCAAUUGAGUCACGUGUUGUGCAUACUUUGCCUCAAAAGCCCAAAGCAUUGUACAGUGUGCUGUACAAGAAAGCUCCAAGACACGCACAUCAAUGCAGUUCUAGAAACUACUGCAUUUUGUGAGGAAGUCUAAGGGAUCAUCCUUUUAACAGAAGAGCUGUAGCUAGGACACUCAGGAGCUGUCAACUGAAUGCGAAGGUCUGCACUGAUCGUCUCCAAAGCAGAACGGAGGCUGAUCUUCUGCCUAGGAGCAGCAUCUACACAAAAGCACAGGAGCAUAGAAAACAGCAUCUACAAAUGGGAGAAAAUCUUGUGAACUAUGGAGUUGAAAAUCUGUGUCUUUUUAUUUUAAGUGCUGUGUGUUUACAAUGAUUUUAAAGUACUGUAAAAAAAGCAAAGCAAAAUGAGUUGUAUGUACACAUCAAAGUGGCUUUGUAUUUUCUCUCUACUUUUACAAGGAAACAGACAGCAGCUAAUGUAGCAGUGAAUUUGAAUCAUUGGUGCUUUAAUAAUUAUGUAUAUAUGUAAGGAAUGCAUUAUCAAGCUUAUUUAUAUUUGAAAAUUAAUUAUCCUUUAUCCUGAAAGCAUGACUUUAAAGUGAUUUUUUUUUUACAAAAUGGGAACACACAAUUUUUUUUAAAAUGUGAAAUACUUUAAGUUCUCAAUUUGAAUGUUCAAUUGUAAGACCACUGGUUUGCAGUUCUUGUGGGAUAAGCAAACACAACUGUAGACCAAAGUGUACAGAACACAAAUUCCUGAAUCCCAGUGAAUGAAAUUGAAUUUUACCACAAAGGCAGCAUAAAGAGGCAACCCUGUUUGUGUUAAACAGGUGCUGAUGGUAAUGCCCUACCCAACAAUACACUGCCAUAAUGACAUUGUUAUAGUAAAUGUUCUAUUGAGUGAGCAACAGUCCUAUGAGAGGCCUUUUGUUUCUCAGCAGCUGUGAGUUGGUUAUAGACUACUCUGUGCAUUAGAGGAUUGAACAAGAUUUUUAAACAUUGAGUCGGUACAUUGUGUUAGUGUCACUUAGGUGUGGUUGCUGAAUGCAAAUAAAUGGAUAAAAUAGUUCAGCCAGUGAAUGCUUUGGUGAAAGUUUGGCAUUUCAACUUCUUUUUGCUUUGAAAACUGACGAGCAGUCACAUAUCUACUACUACUGAUUUCCACCUUUGCAGUACCACCCAAUUCUGUCCCUCCCAGAUCUUGCGUUACUGAAAUCCUUCCUCAUACCUUAUUCCCUCUACAGUUGAUUAUUCUAGUACAGUUCUAAUUAGCUUUUGCUGCCCAUUUCACUCAAACAAGGUCCAGUCCAGUCAUCAAACUAUGCUUUCACAAUGGUUCCUGGAAAAGCAACACUUUGAUAUUAAAAUGCUCAUCCGAACUUUCAAAUCCCUUCAUGACCAUGUCCCUUUCUAAGUUCUGACAGCCCGAAGUUGCUCUGUCAUUUGCACUGUCCCAAUUCUAGCUUUUUCAGCAUUCCUGAUUUUAAUUGUUCUGCCAACGGUAAUCUGCAUUCAGUUGGAAUUCAUAAACCACUCUAUUUCGCUUUCUUCCUUUAAAAUACUCCUUGCUCUUUCAGCAAGCUUUUGGCCAUCUUCUCUAAUAUCGUUUUUUUUAUGGCUCAACAUCAAAUUUUGUUUCAUAAUGCUCCUAUGAAGCACUUUGGGACAUUUAUGUUCCUUUUACACAAUGCAAAAUUGUAAUUAAGUUUCCUUCAAGAACGAUUAAAUUAAGUGAUAACAAAAAUUGCUGGAAAUACUCAGAUGAUCAGGCAGUGCCUGUGAGGAGAAAAACAGAGUUAAUAUUUUAAGUUGAUGAUCUUUUGUUUGAAGUAGUGCUACAGAUAUAGGAUUUUGUAGCUUAUGAAGCUUUACCUAAAUGGUAGAAAUGUGUCUUUUGCACAGACUCUAACAUGAUGCAUGGGAAGUACAAAAGUUGAUUUAACAGAUUUUUCUUUAAAAAAAAAGUUACUUCUCUUUUCAGCUCCUGCACACAGGAUGACUUGCCAACCAGCAACUUCUUGCUGGUUGAACAUGCUGCCUUUAGUAGGAUUUUGGUAUUACAGGAAUGAUAUAGACCUAGAACCAUUUGUUUUUAGUUUUUAAGUCCAGGUCACUCAGAAUCAUUACAGCACAGCAGCAGACUACUCAAACCCGUCAUGUGAUCUCAGCCAAGUUCGGUGGUAAGGCAGUCAUUACAAAUUGACUCACUGUCCCUUGGUUGGAGACAGAAGUUAAAUGGGUCCGGUAUAGGUCCCUCAGAAAUGAGGCACGUUAUGGAAUAACAAAAAAAAAUGUAUAUUUAUUCUUGCUUUCAGUCCCAAAUAUUUAAUUUCAAUUUGAGAUUUUUCCUUUUCUAACAGUGAUGCAAUAAUAGAGAGACCAGAUAAGAGGAGACUGCAAAUUCUGGUCCAUUUCUCUUUUGCUGAUCCCAUUCUUGAUUGUCCUUUGCCCUUUCCAAACUUAUCUCACCAUGAGAACCAGAUUGUUCGACCUCAAAUGCCUUCUCACUUGCUCACCUGAAUCUUCAGCGUAUUGUACCUUCUCCUUUCAGUCCACUAUCAGCAGGGCAGGCUAGAAAUCACCCUGACCUUGUCCUUCAGACCUCUGUGUCUUCACACUUCUCUUUCUCUUAAGCUUUCCUCAACGUCUGUCUUCAAACUAGCCUAACUCUACCCAUCCUAAUCUUUCCCUUUCUGUCUCAACAGACAUUUACAUUUGUGCCCAUUUUGUGAUGCGCAUUGAAUUGUUUUUACAUUGAAGUGCCACUUAGAUGCAUGUUAUUGUUGAGAGAGUUUGCUGUUUUAAACUGUUUGGGGUUUGCAGAAAAAAAAAGGCCAUUACAUCAAGAAUGGUCACUGGGGCUUGGUACUGGCUGACAAAUUUGGAAGUCUCUCCCAGUUGGAUUCAGGGCCUCGGGGAAAGUGGAAGUGAGUUGAGGACAAAACACAACUUUGGGAAGGGGGGGGGGAGGGGAAUGUUUGAAGACUUUAUAGGUUGCUAUAUUGUAAAUUGGUUCAUGUUGCACAUAAUUAUAUUUAUAAUGUUGAAUUUGUUUGG